AUGUGUGGGCAAGGAACUCCUUUUUUGUCCAACCAUGCUGGCGGGAACCUGAGGCCAGCGCGCAUGCCGCAACUGGCAAAAGCCGAGAAAGGCACGGCAUGGAACAAGGAAAAACAGGACAGCGGCCGCAGGCACCAGGACGAAUCGGAAUUGAACCGCAAGGAUGGUACGUUUAAGGCCGAUAAGAUCACCUUGGCAAAAUCUUUUUCGGAUGAGGCAGGUUUCGCAGCCAUCAUCGCAGACUCAUCUUCGGGAAAGGUCAGGCCACCUUCAGAUAAUCGCGGCUAUGGCGUUGCUGGAGCUGUGUCACAAUCCACAUCUACAAGUCUCGGCAACCGUGAUGACGGCUUGCGUCAGGGCUGGAGCAACCCUAGCUGUGGCCCGAACCAUGCUGGACAGCCCGCAUAUCCCCAGCAGAUUCCAGCACCUUCAUUGCGGGAGCAGCAACAGAAUUCCGCUCCUAUGCCUGCCUCCGACUUUGGCUUGAUGCCCUGCGCGCUUCUGCUAGCAUCCACAGCACCAGGCCAAGGCGGGCACCAGACAUGUUGCCACCAGCUGCAGCAGUGGCCGACGCAAAGCCACCUCCCCCUGCAGUCCCAACGGCACAUUGCCCAAAACCAACAUGUUCCAGAUAUGCAUCUCUGCCAGGUAAACAGCGUUAGUCAUGGCCCGUUAGCGCCGUCAGUGACGGCGCCACCGCGGCCGCAGCUGCCGCAAGCGUCCCAUUAUCAUUACUACAAGCACCAGCUUCAGCACCAGCACCAUCAGUCAACAAUUCCGCAGGAACGCCCUAACCUGCCCCAGGACCACCAUAAGACCCAUCAGCAACCCCAGCCUCAGAUUAAAAUCCAAAAUCAGGUCCAAAAUCAGAUCCAAAAUCAGAAGCAGAAUCAAACGGACACAGGGCUGCCACAGCUGUCCCUGCACACACGACGGCGGUGGCCUGCGCGCGACAGGAUCAGGGCGGCCCUCAGCUGCCGCUGUACCCGCUUCUGCAGCAGCAGCACCACCACCACCAACAACAACAACAGCAACUACAACAGCACCAGCAACACGGUGGUGCCUCAGGCGCAGCAGGUAGCUGCCAACCGCAAGGAGGAGGUGUACCGGCGGCUCGUCCGAAUGUCCCUUGCGGCGCAGAACCAGCAACAGCAACAAAGGCAACAGCAGCAACAACAACAGCAGCAGGGACCGGCGUUGGGGCAGCAGCUUCAGCCGACUUACCAGCAGGCCCCGAGCAACGAAAGCAGUGACUGCACGGGAAUCGCACACCAGCAGUACCCAGGGCAGCAGCAGCGCCAGCACCUGCCAGUCCAGGAGCAGGAGCAGGCGCUACUCCAGGGCUGCCAACUGGAGCCGCCUGCUUCGUGGACCUGUAUCGCCGCUGGCGGCAGCGAUGAUAGCGCGGAGAAGUCCCACGAUAGUGGUAGCGGCGGAGGCGGGGGUGCCCCAGGUAAUGCGGGUUCGGGUUCCAGCGGGGACGGCGGAGGCGGAGGCAAUGCUGGGCGUAGUGGUGGCGAGUCUGGAGACGGAGGAUGGCCACAGGGCGGCGGUUUCGGAGCUGGCGGUUGCAGCGGAGGCGUAGGUGGCGAUGACGGCGGCGGCUGGGUUACGCACGGCGGGUGCGCUGCCGGGCACGGCACGCCGGUCCGCCGCCAUCAAUGCAAAAACCCUGAUCACGGCAUGGCUGCCGCCGCCAACGCCACAGGCGCUAACGCCGUUGCCAAAGCGGACGAUGAUGGCGACGAUGAUGAGAUCAUCCCGACCGUGAAUCCCUUCCUCCGUUUCGCUGGCAGCCCGCCGUCUUCAGGGGAGAAGCGCAGCGGCGGGGUUGGAGGUAGCGGUAGCCCGCUGAAGCGGCGGCCGCCGCAGCCGUCGCAGCAGCCGCAGGGACAGCGGUGUCUGCCACAAAGCUCGACGAGCCAUGACGAGCUGCAGCAACCCCCGCCGUACCAUCCGAAGCUGCCGCGGCCAGCAUGGCCUCCGCCACCGCCGGCGGCAGCAGCCGCGGUGUCAAGGUCAUUAGCGGUGCCAGUAGCAGCAGUAGCACAAUCCCAGCUUCUGGGGGGUCAGCGCAGUAUCUUCACCACCACCAGCAACAGCAGCAGAUGCGAAUUCAAUAUCAGGGGACUUCGUACCGCGCCAGGCCGUCUGAAGGUGCAUGUUUGGAUGGUGCUAGCACCUUCCGCAACAGUGGCUGCAGCGGCGGCGGCGGCGGCGGUGGAAGCGGCGGGCCUCAAAAUGCUGGCGGCAGUGCAACCCUGCUGCCGCCCGGAGAAGAACCGGAGGCUUGUGGACGAUGUCCGUACGACAGGUGGCAGCGGAGGCGGUCCUCCGGCGGCGGCGGCGCCGCCGCCGCCGCCGCAACCGGCGCUGUACGAGCCGCUGGGUUACUGGCGCUGCUGCCGCUACCCGGAUUGCGGCUGGCGAUACUACCCCCACCCCCGUCUACGAGACCCCGUGAUGUCGCUGGAGAUUGUGGGGGACAAUGUAUUUAAGGUGGUACCCUUCCCUGGAGCGGAGGAUGCGGUGGCGGCUGCCGGCGGCGUGGCGUGUGUGCUGGCGGGUGCUGGACUGGACCUCAGCACAGCCCUGACGCCUGCUCAGGCGAGUUCGUUGCUAGCAUGUGGCGGCGGCGGUGGCGGCCGCGGUGGCGGCGGCGGCAGUGGCGGUGGCGGCGCCGGAGGUCCAGGAGGUCCAGGGGUGCACCCCAGCGGCGGUAGCGACUUGACAGGUGCUGCGACGGCGGCGACCGAGGCGGCGGAAGCGUCCUACUUAAAAGCGGAGGAGAAAGGCGGUAGUACGGCACAGCCGGCGGCGAUGUCGGGCCUGUUAGACGCAGCGGAAGACUUUGACGACUCCGCGCUGUUCUUCCCCCUGGACUGCUACGAGAGGUUGUUGGCCCCGCUGCCGCCGCACUCCUCGCUCUUUAACGCGGGAUCUCUCAUUCCGGAGCCAGUGAGACGAGCGUACAGGGGUUGCCUCCGAGAACGCGCGCCACCGGAGGAGCUCCAGGGAGUGCAAUACGGCCUGGAGAGGUACGGCAGGUGCCUCAUCGCUGAUGAAAUGGGGGUGGGCAAAACAGUACAGGCGAUAGCGCUGGCGGCAUGCUAUGAGGAUGAGUGGCCGUUGCUGUGCAUCGUACCUGCCAGUUUGCGUCUGGUUUGGGCGGAGGAGCUGGAGAAGUGGAUGCCGCAUCUUAGGUACCGACGGGGCCAGCAAUAUGCACAUAGAUAUACAGGCAUACAGACAUACGGACAUACAGACAUACGGUUGCCAUCCUGGCCCAGCCUCAUUCACGUGAUUGAGGGGAAGGCGGACCGGCUCACGGGGCGGAUAUCAAGGGGGCAGGUGUUGCCGCGGAUUACCAUCACCAGCUACGAAAUGAUGCGACGGCUCACGUGCCCCGUCUGCUCCAAGACAAAGAUGGUGCCGCCACCGCCGGCGGAGGCGCCCGGUGGCAAAACAGCGGCGGGCGGCAGCGCCGCCGCCGCCGCCGCCGCUGGCGGCGGCAGUGGACGGAGCGCUGGCGGCGGCGGCGGCGGCAGCGGCGGCGGCAAGGCAGUUUGCUGGGGGCCUGCGCCUUUCGAUCCUCCCCUCCGGGAGAUAGAACCGCACCCCGCGCGGGACCGUUGCAUGGCAGCCAUGCCCUGGGGUAUGGUCAUCGUAGACGAGUCUCACAACCUGAGAACCACCAACUCCAGGGAGGCCGACUCACCCCACACGGAGGCGUGUGUGACGGCGGUGGCACGCGCGCGGCGCGCCGUACUGCUGUCCGGCACACCGAGCCUGUCCCGACCGUACGACCUUUACCGUCAGGUGGAUGCGCUACAGCCUGGGAUCGUGGGCGCCAGCAAACAAGCCUUCGCGUUCCGCUACUGCGACGGCCGAAUGGUGCCGUACCGCAUCACACCGAACGCCGCCAAGCCCUUCCGCGGCGGAGGCGGAGGAGGAGGCGCCGAGGCCGACGCGCCGGCGGCAGCGGCAGCGGCGACGAUGAUGAUGCCCCCGCGGAAGCGCCUGGAGACGUCUGGCGGCAGCCGGCUGUACGAAUUGCACGGCCUGCUGACGCGGGAGGUUAUGAUUCGACGGUUGAAGCGCGACAUCAUGGCGCAGCUGCCGCCCAAACGGCGUCAAGUCGUACGGCUGCCGUACCCCAAAAGUCGGUGCGCAUCUCUUCGUCUCAUCCUCAAUGUCAACACCCUAAGCCACUGCUACGGCAACCGCCACUGCCGCCGUGAUGUCUUAACAGCUGGCCAGCCACCGCCACAAACGGAUCCCGCUCCGGAACCGUCAAACAUUAGCGGCAGCGGCGAUGGCGGCGGCGGCGGCGGCCGGGACAGUGAGCGAGGCCGCGGCCGCGGCGGUGCCGGCAGCGGAGACGGCGCGGGCAAGAGGGUGGCGGCGGCGGCAGCGGCGCGCGGACAGGCGGCGAAGCGGCCGCGGCGCAACGGUAAGGUUGGUGCCGCCGCCGCCACCGCUGCCGGCGCCAGCGAUAACCGCGCCGCUGCCGCCACUACCAGCCAGCAGAACGGCGGCGAUAUGUACGAGAAUGAUGACGACGACGAUGACGCCGCGGAUGGUGACGGAGGCGGCAAUGGAGAGGAGGUGGAGGACCUCGCUGGGCAGGGCUAUGAGGAUGAGGAUGAGAAUGACGGGGAUACGGACGAGGACGGCGGUACGGCCAACGUACCGGCCAAGGCAGCCGCAGGCGUCGGCGACGGUGGUGCUGACGUCACUACCAACGGAAACGGCAACCAACAGCAACCGCUAGGGGUCAAGACAGAGAAUGGAUCAUCGACCCAUGGGUCCAGUAAUAUGUCCAGUGCCCAUCGUACGGCACUCGCGAAGCUUCCAGAUGCCAUCAGUUGGCUGAUCGGGGCGCUAGGUGGCGGCGGCGUGGUUUCGGAGGGAAGCAACGGCAGACUGCCAACACUCUACGCAGCCACUCCACAGCACCUCCGUCUGGAGAUGGCGCUGCAGUGA